CACUUUCACACGGUCGCGCAACAGCAUCCCAUCACACAUCAUAUCAUUAAAUGGCUCGACAAGAAGACCAGAAAGAUGUUCUGUUUGCUCAGAUACAACGGAGGAUGGUCGAGCACGGCGAAUGGGAUAGGCUAUCGUGGCUGCUGAAUCAGAAACUGAGUGAAGCCGGAUGGUUAGACGAGUACCGCGACAAGAGCAGAGAGACGCUUAGAACAGACUCUGUGUCUGUCGGGUCGAUCAUGGCAGAAGUCUGGCCACAGGCAGAGGCAUCGAUACCAGCGAAAGCGAAACGAGAAAUGAUAGCGAUGAUUCGCCAGUAUCUCGAGACGCAGUUGGAGGGAUGAGAGCCCGGAUUUAGGGAGAUCGACGGUCCUUUUUUGCUCAUGUACUAUUAAGUCGGAUAUCGACGAUGGCGGUCUCACUUCCAUGAUCAAUGCCCUGGAAUCUUUAAGCGAGACUUCACGC